AUGUUUCAGAUAAACGGAGAUAAACCAGACUUCAUCACAAAAAUGAAAGCCGCCAAGUCUGACAGCGAAGAGAGUGAACCAGAGACUAAAUCCAGCAAGAGCAAAAAGAAAUCGACAGCAAACUCUGCAUCCAUGUUUCAGACUGAAGGAGAAAAAGACAAGAAAAAAGACAGGAACAGCAAGAACAAGGAGAAAGAGAAGAAUAACAAGAAAAAGAAUUCAGCUAAAUCUGAUGACAGUGAAAAAGAGUCUUCAGAAGUGACGAAAAAGAAGAAAGGCAAAGGAAAGAAAAGUAAAAAGGAGGAAAGGCCUCCAUCACCAGAAAUUGAGUUUGAUGACCAUGAGGAGUUUGUCCUUCAACCUGCACCUCAAGGAACCACCAUCAAAUGUAAAGUGACACGAGACAAACGCGGCAUGGACAGAGGCUUCUACCCCACCUACUACCUCCAUUUAGACAAUGACAAGAAGGUCUUUCUAUUGGCUGGCCGAAAAAGAAAGAAGUGUGCAACCUCAAAUUAUUUAAUCUCUAUAGAUGCCACCGACCUGUCACGUGGCGGUGAUCAUUUUAUCGGAAAGCUUAGGUCGAAUCUCAUGGGUACCAAAUUCACAGUGUUUGACAACGGUCUCAAUCCUGAACGUGCGCUCAGGGAUAUGUCUAAUGCACGGCAAGAGCUGGCUGCUAUCAUUUAUGAGACAAACGUCUUGGGGUUUAAAGGGCCAAGAAAAAUGACUGUGAUCAUCCCAGGUAUGGAUGAGGAUGACGAGCCUGUGCCGAUACGUCCACAAACAGAAACUGGCAGUCUGCUUGUGCGCUAUCAAAACAGACAGAUGGACAACAUGAUUGAACUCCACAACAAAACACCUGUUUGGAAUGAUGACACUGCCUCAUAUGUCCUUAACUUCUCUGGUCGGGUCACACAGGCCUCCGUCAAGAACUUUCAGAUAGUCCACACUAAAGACAACAGCUACAUUGUGAUGCAGUUUGGGAGGGUGGCAGAUGACAUGUUUACUCUGGACUAUAAUUACCCAAUGUGUGCUGUACAGGCCUUUGCUAUCGCUCUGUCAAGCUUUGAUGGAAAACUGGCCUGUGAGUGAAGGCAUGAAAUUUCAUGACCAAGAGCAACUGAAUCAACGCACAACGUUCAUGCAAAAUUAUUAAUAAGAACAAGCCAUGAAGAUUAUUUGUUGAGAUUUUAAUGAUUUUCAAUGUGCCUGAAUGAGUCUGGGAGAUCACUGA